AUGGUUCGAUACGAUGCUAGUCUAAAUCGACAAAUUAAAAGUAGUAAAGAUAAAGAUAACAACGUACUAGAAUUUAGAGCGCGGUGGGUAAUCUACGGAAACCGUCAACGUCCUAGAUAUGAUUUUAUUAAGAACUUAGCACCUAUUACUCGCGGAGAAACGAUAAGACUAUUUCUAAGCAUUAUUGCGAAGAAAGGAAUGAUUCUCGAAAGUGUCUAUAUAAAACAACCAACGGGAUUUGAGAAAGGAGACAUACUAAAGGACAUGGGAUUCGAAGCAUUGAUCGACGAACCUUGUAUCCUAAUUCACAAACAACGAAGCAGCCUUUCGCGAGGAGUGCAUAGCAUUUUUCUAUGCCAAAAGGCCUAUGCCGAAGAGAUCAUCGUUAAGGAAGUAAGUAAGGUCUAUUUACCGAUAAAAUCAAGCUACAAACCGCCUAAAAUCAUAAGAAAUCGAACGGAAAAAGAUGUGAGAAAGACCGGCGAUAACGAUAACCUACCAUUUGAUGAAUCUAAUCUAUUACCUACUAAAGUUAAAGCAUACAUUAAAGACGUCGAUAAAUCCCGGCCAGACAUUGCUAUUGCUAUAAAUAAGCUUCAACGGAGAUCUGCAGCACCUAGAAGAGAGGACCAAGAUACGCUAAAACAGCUAAAUAGAUACGUUAAAGGUUCGAUAGACCUUAGAAUUCUGCUAGGAAAGGAACCAACUAAAGAGCUUAUUGGAUUCGUCGAUGCUUCGUUUUAA